AUGUUGCCCAGAGAUUCUAAGAAAGUGUUGCCCAGAGAUUCAAAGAAAGUGUUGAACAGAGAUUCAAAGAAAGUGUUGAACAGAGAUUCAAAGAAAGUGUUGCCCAGAGAUUCUAAGAAAGUGUUGCCCAGAGAUUCAAAGAAAGUGUUGAACAGAGAUUCAAAGAAAGUGUUGCCCAGAGAUUCAAAGAAAGUGUUGCCCAGAGAUUCAAAGAAAGUGUUGCCCAGAGAUUCAAAGAAAGUGUUGCCCAGAGAUUCAAAGAAAGUGUUGAACAGAGAUUCAAAGAAAGUGUUGAACAGAGAUUCAAAGAAAGUGUUGCCCAGAGAUUCAAAGAAAGUGUUGCCCAGAGAUUCAAAUAAAGUGUUGAACAGAGAUUCAAAGAAAGUGUUGAACAGAGAUUCAAAGAAAGUGUUGAACAGAGAUUCAAAGAAAGUGUUGCCCAGAGAUUCAAAGAAAGUGUUGCCCAGAGAUUCAAAGAAAGUGUUGCCCAGAGAUUCAAAGAAAGUGUUGAACAUAGAUUCAAAGAAAGUGUUGCCCAGAGAUUCAAAGAAAGUGUUGCCCAGAGAUUCAAAGAAAGUGUUGCCCAGAGAUUCAAAGAAAGUGUUGCCCAGAGAUUCAAAGAAAGUGUUGAACAGAGAUUCAAAGAAAGUGUUGAACAGAGAUUCAAAGAAAGUGUUGAACAGAGAUUCAAAGAAAGUGUUGAACUGA